GGAGGACAGGCGAGAUUUGGGGGAGAUGGCGUCUUUCGGUUCGCGGAGAUCAUGGAAUUGGGUGUUGACGUUCACCCGGUACGGGGCGCCUCUGUUGCAGCCCAAAGCCACUGUCCCUAAGCUUGCAGCUUUCAGGUUGAAGUCGUCAUUGCAAUAUCUGACACGACAAGACUUGCCAAAACUAGCUUAUCAAAACAUAAAAGGCAAAAGCCCGGGGGUAAUAUUUCUGCCAGGUUAUGCAUCAGACAUGAAUGCUCGAAAAGCAUUAGCACUGGAAGACUUCUGCAAGUCUCUUGGGCAUUCAUUUAUCAGAUUUGAUUACAGUGGAUGUGGAAGUUCAGAAGGAGAUAUCAAAGACGGCACGAUUGGAAAGUGGAAGAAAGACGUGCUCUCUGUUCUGGAUAAUGUUGCUGAAGGCCCUCAGAUACUGGUUGGAUCAAGCAUGGGAGGAUGGUUGAUGCUUCUUGCAGCAAUAGCACGCCCAGAAAAGAUAGCUGCUCUUGUUGGUGUGGCCCCAGCGGCAGACCAUUUUGUUACAAUUUUUAACCAGCUCCCUCUUGAGGAAAAAAAGGCCAUUGAAGAAAAAGGUGAAUGGAGAAUGCCGACAAGAUACAAUGAAGAAGGAUUCUACUCCGUACCAUAUGCUCUUAUCAAAGAAGCAGAAAAUCACUGCUUAUUAAAUAGUCCUAUUCCUUUAACCUCCCCUGUUAGACUUAUACAUGGUUUGAAGGACGAAGAUGUCCCAUGGCAUGUGUCAAUGCAGAUUGCUGACUGUGUGUUAAGUACAGACGUGGAUGUAAUUCUCCGCAAACACGGCCUACAUCGAAUGAGUGAAAAGGAUGACAUUAAACUACUUGUAUAUACUAUAGAUGAUUUAAUUGACAAGCUGACCACCUUGGGAUGAAUGGGCAAAUAAAAUGGAUACAUUUCAAUGUGUAUCUAGGGGCACACGUAAAUAUAAAAGUGAUAAUACCGUAUAUACAAA